GCCUCACUUCGCGAUAGCCGCCGAAUCGGAACGCAAGUGGUAUUCGCCGCGCGAUCGAUCGGUCUGAACCGAAUCGAAAUUUAAAAAAAAAUUUGUGUCUGCGUUGAUAAUUGUUCUAUCAUUGAUGAGUGGAUAUAAUUUUUAAAAUUGACAAUGGAGUCUUUUGCAUAUUUAUGUCGAAGUUUCCUAUUUCUGACAUUGUUGAUGUCAGCAAUAGCAGAGAAGAACAGGAUAGAAGACACCAAUGUUCAAACAGUUCCGAGCGAUUUAAGACGUGUUGUCAGCGAAGCAGUGGCGAUCGAAAGAAGAUUUCUACAAGGCGGCACGGUUGAGCAAAACUGUUCAUCUGAGGAAGAUGAAGUCAGCAAUACUCCAUGCCCCCCAAGCAAGUACAGAAGUGCGAGUGGAGAGUGCAACAACGUCCGCCAUAGACCAUGGGGCAGACGAGGGGACGUGUUCAUAAGACUGCUGACACCCAACUACGCUGAUGGAGUGUCUCAACCGCGAACAAGUCCUCAUCUACCGGAGGCAUCGCUUGUCAUCCAAGCUGUGUCGCAGUUAACAGAAGACAACCAAAAUGACUAUGUGACGAGCAUGCUGGCUGCAUGGGGACAGCUCCUAAUGGAUGAUCUUGUUGCCACCUCUAAUGGAAAUAAGAAAUGUGAAGGUUCCUCGUGUGACUACUCCAGAUCAGCUCCAACUAGAAAUUUGGACACCUGUACUUUUGAGCAUCGAGAACAGAUGAACCUGGCAACAUCCGUACUAGAUGGUUCGGCUUUGUACGGAAGCUCGGAGAAGGAACUGCGGUCGUUACGGCUUUACGAUGCGGGCAAAGUCGACCUUGCGUCGUGUCGAAAGUGCAAUGACGGCUCUCCAAGUGCUGCACUCUACGCCGCCUUGUUGAACGAGCACAACAGAAUCGCCGGCGAGCUUUAUACCUUAAACCCGUUCUGGGAAGACAACGCCCUGUUCCUGGAGACCAGACGCGCUGUGGCUGCAGUUAUACAGCACAUUACCUACAAUGAGUUCCUCCCUGUUUUGCUUGGAGAAGUUGGUAUGGCGAAGGCUGAACUGAAGUUACAAUCGCUUGGUUUCUGGAGGGGAUACUCGAGCGCAAUCCGCGCUGGUACGUACGCCGAAAUACUCUCCGUCGCACCCAUUUUCGAUGCUAUGAUAAACCAAAAACUGAUGAAUACCAAUGCAUCAAUUACGGACUUAGUUCAAACGAGCGCGCAGAGUCUCUCACGCUUGUCAGCGUCGGCUAAGUGGGACCUCAACCGGAACAGAGACCACGGUGUACCUCCUUACUUGCGGGUUUUGAGAAUGUGUGAUCCGAUGCUCAGUGUGAAGUCAUACGCAGACUUUGAUAAACUUGGCUUCAGUCGAGCGCAGCAAGAGAUGAUGGCUGAUAUGUACAGAAACACGGAAGAUGUGGAGCUCCUGGUGGGAGGUGCCAUGGAGAAGCCGGCUUCAGGGGCUGUAAUUGGCUCCACCAUGGCCUGUGUUCUCGCCCUCCAGUUCGCAAACCUCAAGAAGAGUGACAGGUUCUGGUAUGAGAACGAUAUUCCUCCAUCCUCAUUUUCUGCAGAGCAACUGUCGGCACUCCGGAAAGUAUCUCUCGCUGGAUUAUUGUGUGGAGUAGACGACAAUGUUAAGACUAUACAGCCGAAGGUGUUCGUUAAGGAAGAUCCUUACUUGAAUGCACGUCAACACUGUUCUCAACACAAUCGUUUAGAACUUUCUGCGUGGAAAGACGAAAGCGGUGCAAAAGCGGCAGAAAGACUUUCACAGGACAUGCUAACCACGGCGUUGGAAAAAGCUAAGCAAGAAAUGGCUGACAGAAAGAAAAUGGAAUAUAUGCUUUGGGAAACCCGAGGAGGGGCUGAUCCAAAGUCGCCAGUAGGAACUGCAGCGUCUUUCUCCAAAGCCAAUAAAUAUGCGCUGAAACUUGCCAACACUUCGCUAUUCUUCGAAUUUGCUACAAACGAACUUCUAAACUCUAUUAACGGCCAUCGACGCAAGCGUCAAAUAUUCGACGACGCGCUCGGGUUUGGUUCAGCCAAUGAGUUCGUGGACUCGCUACAAUCUGUGGACGUGAGUGGCUUCCUAGGCCAAGAUCAGCUAGGCCCUGUGAUAGAGCCCCAGUGUGAUGACGUCGGGUCCUGUGAUGCUGGUAGCCCAUUCAGGACAUACACGGGACAUUGCAAUAAUCUGCGUAACCCGAAUCUGGGAAAAAGUUUGACGACCUUUGCUAGACUUUUGCCGCCUGUGUAUGAAGAUGGUGUAAGUCGUCCUCGCAUCAACUCUGUGACUGGUACUCCUCUGCCGUCCCCGCGGACCGUGUCCACUGUGAUACACCCUGACAUCUCCAACCUCCACACCAGAUACACCCUCAUGACGAUGCAGUUCGCUCAGUUUUUGGACCACGAGCUAACCAUGACGCCUAUACAUAAAGGUUUCCACGAGUCAAUUCCGGACUGCAGGUCGUGCGAUUCUCCGCGCACCGUUCACCCCGAAUGUAACCCGUUCCCAGUUCCCAGAGGAGACCACUACUAUCCUGAAGUGAACAUUACUUCGGGAGAACGCCUCUGCUUCCCCUUCAUGAGGAGUUUGCCUGGACAGCAGCAGCUUGGUCCCCGUGAACAAGUGAAUCAAAACACGGCGUAUAUCGACGGGUCGGUGAUAUACGGGGAGAACCCGUGUAUAGUGCGCUCGUUGCGUGGGUUCAACGGACGGUUGAACGCCACCGCCAAUCCUCUCAACGGCAAGGACCUGCUACCACGAUCCGACAGCCACCCCGAGUGCAAAGCGCCCAGUGGUUACUGCUUCAUUGCUGGUGACGGCAGAGCGUCAGAACAGCCUGGUCUCACUGCAAUUCACACAAUCUUCCUCCGGGAGCACAAUCGGCUGAUCGAAGGUCUUCGUGGUGUGAACCCUCACUGGGACGCGAACCUGCUCUUCGAGCACGCCCGUAGGAUCAUCACUGCUGAGUUCACACACAUUAUUUACAACGAGUUCUUACCCAGACUACUGUCUUGGAAUGCUGUCAAUCUGUACGGAUUGAAACUGUUGCCUGCUGGUUACUACAAGGAAUACUCCCCAACUUGCAACCCUGCCAUCGUCACGGAGUUUGCAACGGCUGCCUUCAGGUUCGGCCACUCGUUGCUCAGACCACAUCUGCCGCGUCUGUCGCCCACCUACCAACCCGUUGAUCCUCCCAUUCUACUAAGAGACGGUUUCUUCAGGCCCGACAUGUUCAUGACCCACCCUCCAAUGACUGAUGAAUUGUUACGUGGUCUUUCAUCAACUCCAAUGGAAACUCUCGAUCAGUUUAUCACCGGAGAAGUGACAAACCAUUUGUUUGAGGAUCGCAAAGUUCCGUUCUCUGGGGUCGAUCUCAUUGCCCUCAACAUACAACGAGCAAGAGACCAUGGAGUACCGAGUUAUAACAACUACAGGGCGUUGUGUAAUCUUAAGAGAGCGACCACUUUUGAAGAUUUAUCGAGGGAGAUUCCUGAUGAAGUUAUCGCAAGGUUGAAGCGUAUCUACCCAACAGUAGACGACAUUGACUUGUUCCCGGGCGGUAUGAGCGAGCGACCCUUGCAAGGAGGUCUUGUUGGUCCAACAUUCGCUUGUAUUAUCGCUAUCCAGUUCAGACAGUUGAGGAAAUGUGACAGAUUUUGGUAUGAGACGGACAAUGCAGCGACAAAAUUCACAGAACAACAGUUAGCUGAAAUCAGGAAGUCAACUCUUUCCAAGUUACUUUGCGAGAACUUUGACGUACCAACGGAAAUUCAGCGCGCGGCAUUUGAUCUGCCCAGCAACUUCUUGAAUCCCCGUGUACCGUGCUCGUCUCUUCCCAAGCUGGACCUUUCAGCCUGGCGUGAGAAUUCGGCGCAGGGUUGCCUGAUCGCAGGACGCGCUGUUCCACUCGGCGAGUCUGCUUUCCCCUCGCCUUGUACUUCCUGUAUAUGCUCCGCUGAAGGGGCACAAUGUGCAUCACUGCGUAUAACGGAUUGCGCUCAAUUGGCGCGCGAAUGGCCGCGAGAAGCGAUACUCCGUGACGACGUAUGCACGGCGCAAUGUGGGGCAGCGCCGCAGGGCAGAGCCCCAAGACGACCCACCAUCAACUUCAAGUUCCCCGACCUCACACCUUUCAUCGCCAAGUGAUAACCCAUACAAACCCCAUAUAUUAUUAAAAAUCACCAAAAAAACUGCUGAUGUCACGCAAGCUUGCUCGAUAAGUGUGACAAUCUUGGUAGUACUUCAUUGAAUCCUAUUUAUUAGAAUGGACGAGUUUCUAUAAUUAUUUAAAUAAUAAAAAGCAAUAACAUAAGUUUAAUAGUAGAAAAUCAACGAUCAUAUAACUCACAGACAAUAAAGGGCAAACGCUUCCAUAUACUCCAUAAGGAACAGAUCUUUUUCAAUAUAUAGAGAUAAUUAGCCAAUAGGAAUUGUUCACGAUAUGUUGUGAUUAUUACCUGACCAAUGAGCAUUCAGUACCCCGGCCUGCUUAUCUAAGUUGAUUGACUGAAUUGUUUGCAUUGCGACUACAUACAUACAUUAUGUAUUAGGAUACUCUACUGGGUUAUAAUGUCGAUGAGAAAACAGUACCUACGAUAAAAACAAAUAUGUUUGAAUUUAUAAUAAAAUUAAGCGUUAUAGAUAACGUGUACUACAACUUUGUCAAAGAUUAUUAACCUACUACUUACAGACCUACAUUUUAUUAAUAAAAUAAUGAUUAACUCCUCUUCACAUUUAAAGCAUUUCCUUUUAAACUAUAUUUCCGGUCCCAUAACUUUCCUAAUAGAUUUAAAAUAAAUAAAGCAAAUUUUAAAUUUAUAUUGAUCUUUAAACUUAAAAAAUAUUACCGAAUCUUGGCUUGUUUUUAAAUAAUUACUUAAAUAUCUGCUAGGUAAUAAUUUAACGCCGUGUUCAAAAUACGUAAAAUAAUAUAGGUUUAAAUUUUACUAGUAUUUUUAUAUAGGAAGCUAAAAAAAAUAAAUGGUGCUGUCAAUUCGUAGAUAUAGAAAGUCAUUAAAAUAAGUUGUACAAAGGAUUGGUAUAAGAAAUAAAUCCCUCACAUAAAUAAUUUGCAAACAGUAACAGAACUGCUAGAACUUUAAAUUAUUACGUGCUUAUAUGUUAAGUUAGUUAAAGCUUUUUUACUUGAACUAUCUUAAAUUUAUUGACGUUAUUAUUGAUGUUAUAUUAUAUGGGAAGCGAUUGAAGCUUUCACUCAAGAAACAACAUUUUUCAACAACAAAUACUUAUCAAUUUAAUUUUAAAAUAAAUCCCUACCUAAGCAAAAAAUUGCAAACAGUGAUAGAUGACAGUUUAAACUCAACCACUCAGAAUACAGAUUCAAAAUGUUUUCAGAGUGUUUGACUAUCGAAAACCAUUCUUACAUGCUUUGAAAUUACAUCAUUUUGGCUAUAAAUUAUGUAAAUCAUCUAUUUAAUAUAUGUAUAUGCGUGACAGCGCCAUCUUGUUUGUAAAACAGGCAAAAUCCUGCAGAGCCGGUAUAUAUUAUAUUGUAUUAUCUAUGGUGCAGACUAUAAGAGUGUUUUAGUUCGUAGACCCUCAUCUAGUCUGCACAGUCUGGAUGGUUCCAGAAAUAAUAGUAAAAAUUAUUAAUUGUAAGAAAAUUAGAAGUAAAUGAACCAGUAAAACAAAUAUAUGUACGCCAUCUUUUAUUAUAAUCGAUGCAGAUUUUGCUGAUAUCGUAAGUUGUCAGAAUAAUCACUUUUUAAUAUCUGAUAGAAGUAAUAACCGUACCAGUAAAUGUUACCACUUUGUUGUACAAAUCACUGCCGUAUUCUUAAGAUUAAGCUUGUAUAAAUUAUUAUUACUAUACUUUACUGAAACGUAUUUUUUAUUUAAUUAGAAUUAAAAUAGCAAUAUUUUUUGUACAAUUAUAUUUUAUAGAAUUAAUUAAGAAAGAAA